AUGACUGACAUUAAUUCCAUCAAACCCGGCACUGUAUUUGCAUGGUUUAUGCUGGUGCUAAUUGUUCGCCGCAUCGUUCUGAUCGUUAUGCUUAUCGUAACGAAGCAAAAAACAUCACCUGGACCACCUCCGCCAGAUACAUCCGAUAGACCAACACGCAUCAAUGGUGCUAUUCGUAAUGAUUCAGAAAAUGAUGCAUACUUUCUAAUACUUUAUUUGGGAACAGCUAUAUUCUCUUACUCCGUGAAUGCUGAUAUAGUAAGAAUGAUUGUCUAUGGAGCGGUCUACUUAACUACUCGUAGUAUACAUUCGGUGAUGUUCAUAUUGGCACUGCAACCGCACAGAAUGUUGGCAUUUCUUUUUGGUCUGCUGUGUACAUUUGCUAUGAGUCUGGAUCUUGUAAUUACAAUGUCACGUACCACAAACUGA